UAGCAGUGCGUCGCAGUUGUCAUUGUUGGUAUUCGCUUCAUUCCGCGUAGGAGGAAAGAAUAAAACGGGUGUUUGCACUUCCCGAGCCAAAGUUCCGUGCGUCGGGCCAAGAGUUUUUCACCGUCGCGUACACAUAUUUCGAUUAUAAACAGGCAUUUCGUGGCAAGUGAACCUCAACCCUGUGGUGGCAAAUGCAAUCCAUAAUGGUGCACAAAUGGUUGCCAUCGUAAUAGCCCAGUCGUGUGAGUUAUAUAAGUUACGGCGGAGUCUACGAAUUUUGCAAACGAAACCAUAGCUAAACAAACGAGUGCCAGUAACGGGGUGGAAAUAAAGCAGCGAAUACGUGCAGCAGUGUUGUGUGCCAAGCUGAGUGUUUAAUUGUGCUUACGGGAAAAUUCGUCCAAAAAGGACAAGUGCGUGUGUGUGGGUCCGUGAGUGUGAUUUGGCGCGCGCCAGUGCGUAGUAAAGUUUUGUCGCUCGUUUCUCGUUACAAUUGCGGUGCAGUACCAAUGCCCGCACGGAACGCACCAGCAUGCUGCGGGAACUAAUUGCCUGGGUGUUGAACAACUACCUCGGGAAGUAUGUGGAAAAUCUCAACACGGCCCAGCUGACAAUUGCGCUGCUCUCGGGUCAGGUGGAGUUGGAAAAUUUACCCUUGCGCAAAGAUGCAUUGCGACACUUUGGCCUACCGCUACAGAUCGUCAGUGGUUCGAUCGGUAAGGUGAAGCUUACCGUACCGGUACGAGCGUUCCGUACCGCUUCCUGGUGUCUGUACAUCGAUAAUGUGCAGGUUACCUGCGGCCCGAUCGAUCUCGAGCAGGACUGGAACGCUGAGGUGGAACAGCAAACCGAGCUCGACCUAAAGGUAGCGUCACUCGAUCGGUUAGAAGCGAAAUGGCGCGCACAACGUGAAACACCCGUCACCGAGGGUAGCUACUAUGCGUCGUCGUACAGCGGAUGGCUUAAUUACGGUACCACGCUGGUGACGAACAUUAUCGAAAACCUGCAGCUCACGGUGAACGGCAUCCAUGUGCGGUACGAGGAUGGGCUCACUGUACCGAAUCAACACUUUGCCUGCGGUAUCAAGAUCGAUUCACUGUCGGCACAGAGCUGUGACGCUAGCUGGGCACCGGGCAAGACGGCAAACUGGAGCGCACAGCACGUCACCUUCAAGCUGGUAGAACUGACCAAUUUUUCCUUGUACUGGGACCCGCGGGCACAGCACGAACCGGUACACAUGAUCAGCCCGAUCAGUGUCCGUGCCCAGCUGAGGCGGGAUCGUAGCGAAACACCGUUGAGAACGCGUAGCCGACCGCGGUUGGUUUGUGAUCUGAUUUGGGAAGAAAUUAAGAUAGCGCUUAGUGAUAUACAAUACAAUCAAAUGAUGCAGUGUGUCCGCGGGCUGGAUGAUAUUGCACGCUUUCGUAGGUUUAAGCUGCAGCGACCGAUAUUGCCGGUAUGUGAGAGUGCCCGCGACUGGUGGCGUUAUGCCGUUCGUUGCCAUGGACUUUGCCGGCAUAUCGGAACCGAUCCGUACGUGAUAGCAAGGGAAAAUUUACAGUACAUUCGAAUAUAUAUGCGGAUCGUCGCUAACCCGAACGAGGUACUGUCGAGUGCGAACAAACAGUUUAAGGAUCGUAUCGAGCGUGAUCGUACGUUCGACGAGUUGCGAUUGCUGCGAGACGUCUGUAUGAUGCAAAUGCCAAAGUUGGAAAAAACCAGCGUCAGUUCGCCGUCUACAGCAACGGCGGGCAAAUCGCUGCUGGUACAUUAUUUCCCCCAAUGGUGGUACAGCAAUAAGAACAACAACAAUAACAGCGCUGAAGGGUCCGAACAGCAGCGGACACCACCCGGCACGGGUGAUGAUGAUGGGGUGAACGGAGCGAUUCAAAAUUUCGCGACACAGAGUUCGUCUGAUGAGACGGGUGGUCAGCAGCUAGCGCUGAUGGGCAGUCCGGAUGGUAAUUCCUACUGGGGUAACGACGGAGAGCUAAGCCCCGUCAGUAGCUUUGAGGAUGAAAUUCUAGACGCGUUGGCCGGUUCGGUGGAAUCCAAUUCGCUGCUCAAACGAGAUGCCGUGUUCGGGAAGUUUAACUUCAUUCUCAAACGCGGCACACUGGACUUUUGCAGUUCAGUCGAGAUGGCUCCGAAGCUGCAAUUUUUCUUUCAGGACCUGAAGAUGGACGUGGAGUCAAGACCACGCAGUGGUUCACAUUACGUUGGGCUUUCGCUUGGUUCGAUACUGAUCAAGGAUCGUCUCACACCCAACUCGCAGUUUCCCGAUCUGGUAAAACCGCAGCAGAAAGAUGAGCUCGGCGUAAAAGCCGCUACGAGCAGUACGACUCCGCUCGGUGCGCGUUCAUCCGGACGGCUCAGUGCUUCAUCGCUUCCGCCAGACAUGAACGCAGGCGAACCAAUCUUUCAGCUCCAGUACGAACGGAAACCACUUUCGUACGAUACCGAUUACCGGUUGAUGGUAAAAUCCGAAUCGCUCGACAUAGUGUACAACAUGGAUGCGGUGCGAUGGUUAAUAGAUUUUCUGGCCAAACCACACCAACAGUACGAUGCGCGACGGAGGCUAGAGGACAUGAAGAAUAAAACCAAGCAGGAGCUAAUGAAAAACUGGAACUACAUUAUCGAGGGCCAUCUAAGUGAGCGUAAAACGUGGACGCUUGAAUUUGACAUAUCUGCGCCGCAAAUUAUUUUUGUGGAUAAUUUUAGCGAUCGCAUCAACAGCACUAUUGUGGUGGUGGAUUUCGGUCGCCUUCAACUGACCAAUGGUGAGAAUGGCUUCAAUUCGGCUAACAAUGCGACCAAUGUGGAUACGGCUGGUGGACCAUCAGCUGCUAGGGCAUCGGUCGCAUCGAAAGCAAGCACUGGUGGCUUUUUCGGUGGACAGCGUGAUAUAUCCCCCGACAUACAGACGGAAAACGAUGAAGAUGACGCAUUUAUGACACCCUGCUCAACACCACCCGGUUCGGAAGCGAGCACUACGAAUUCACCGACACUGGUGAGUGCGUUUUCCGAGAUGCCAGAACUGGCCAGUGAUCGUGCUGCAACGGGCGGUAUUGUUACGGCUGCCGCUAUCGGUGAUGCACUGGAUGAGUAUCAGCUCUAUCAGCGUUUGUACGAUCGGUAUCACUUGCAGCUGACCGAUCUGCAGGUGCUGGUCUGUCAUGCCAAAGAACGCUGGACGGCGGCUAGUCUAAAAACCACCUCGAACUUGCACGUUCUCGAUCGGUUUAGCAUCGUGUUGCAAGUGGAACGACGCGUCGUAUACACGAGCGAUCCACAGUACCCUAGUCUAACGCUUUCCGGCACGCUUCCAAAGCUAAAUGCACACAUCAACGAGUACAAAGUGUCCUCCAUACUGACGCUGGUGAACAAGCUCAGUAAAGCCGGCCAAAUGAAUCAAGGACCGUGGAACCAAAUGGCAACUGCACAACCGACCGUAUCGGAUGAGGUAGAUCGAAGCUUGGGAACGACGGCAAACUCGAAACAACCGAGUACGAUGACGCUCGGAACAAAUGAUGAGGAGGCAAGCCGCGCAAGCUCGUCCUCGGGUGCGCUAGAUAGAGAAUCGACCACAAAUAUAGUCGUGUUUCAGUUCACCAUCGAUCAGAUGUCGCUUGAGGUGCAGUCGCGCGGACGUAGUGUGGCGGAACUGCAGGUUUCUGGCGUAAAGGCUGGCUACAGUCAACGACCGGAAGAUAUUAGCCUAACGCUGUCCGUGCACGGGUUGUUACUGGUCGAUGCGAUGCAAUCGUUUGGGCAGGAUUUUGAGCUACUGAUUGCCAGUCAUCGACACGUAGGCAUGGACAGCUUGUCUGGAAGUCUACGACAGAGUGAACCAUGCUCUCCAUGUUCACCGGCAUCACCACCCGAUCCGUACAUGGAAUAUCGUCGACCAACAAGCCCAUUAACGAUAUCGAAGGCUCUAAGCAAUUUACAGCGAGCCACUUCUCCCACAUGGAAUGCGGCUACACUGGGCGAUCUAGAUGCGCUGAUCACGGUGGAGAUAGUGUUCGUGACUGCCGAACGACCGGAAGAUAAACUGCAGGUGGCAAACAUUCAGUUUAACAAUCUGGACAUUAUUGCUAAUCAAGAAACAAUCGUUGAGCUGUUGGGCUUUAUCAAACGGGUCAUACCGGCACCGGUUCCGGCACCACCAGAUCAGAGCGGUGGUGUGUGGAAUGGUGGUGAAACAGUUCCAGAAAACGAUUCGGAGAAAAUGCUUCCCAAUCAGGCAGCUAAUAAUCAUCCACCACAAGUAACCGCUUCCAGCACAACCCGCCGGCCUUCGGUUUCAUCCUCAAGCGAUACACCGCCGGCGCGGGUGCGUCUCGAAAUUACGUUUGACUUUCAUCGCCUUAAUGUGCUUGUGCUGCGAGCACUUAUACGUGAUAAUUAUCUAGUCGGACGCAAAGUUGGCACGUUUACGAUGUCGGAAGCCAAGAUACACGCCACCCUGGGCAGUGACAUCACCGUGGAGGGAUCGCUGGGCGGCUUGCAAGUGUUGGAUCUAACGCCGGAAGGUGUAAACCAUCAGCGUAUACUUUCCGUCGGCAAAGAUCCACUGACGGAGACGGCCAACAAUGUACCGCCGGCGCGCUUCGAUGCAGCUGAUUCGGCUGGACCGGAUUUGAUGACGUCACUGGCGCAGGAAGUGUACGGUACCGGCAUGGGACCAAAGCGGACCGAUCAUCACACCGCAACGGUCGAUGGAAUGCAUGAGGAACGGCAAGCACUUUCGUUUUGUGUUUCGAAAGACCUUAACGCUUGCAUUGACAUUCGCGUAAAGAUGGCUUCAGUGUGGUUUAUUCACUGUGCACGCUUUAUGCAGGAGCUAAGCUGGUGUGCUACCGAGUUUAAGCAUUAUCUGAAGAACUUAGCACGCUCGAUCCGUGAGAAAGCGACCGAUAUGGCACUGGGAUUGGUGCAAUCGCGUUCGGAUCUUUCGGGCAGCCGUCCGGAAAGUAUUUACGCCUCUCCUAGGCGUGUGCGCCGUCAGCGCACUGUAUCUCUUUCAAGAACACAGGACGUUCUGCUAAACUCGGACUACACGCUCAAGGUGGACAUCACGCUGGAUACGCCGGUGCUCAUCCUUCCAAGAAGCAGCAGUAGUCCCCAGGUGCUAGUAGCACAUCUGGGCCGUAUCACCAUCAGCAAUACGGAUCAGACGUCCACUGCAGCAUCGCCUUCCUCCUCCCAGGAGCGCAUCGUAGUGAAUCUACCCGCGAGUCCUCCGCCCAGCGCACAGGAAGAGUUGGGCGGAGGGUUUUUGUUCAGUGGUGCCGAUCGUACCUCGGUCGAUUGCAAUCUAAGCGAUCUGGACGGGUUGUACGAACCGACGGAUGGAGUAACGGAGGGCUACAAUAAUACCGCCAGCAGCAGAAUACGCUUCGCAAAGGAAGAUUCAACUGAAUUUAUCGACAGUAUAGCGGGCGAUGGUACUGGUGCGGGCGGUGCCGGGAGACACAGCGAAGCAUCUAAUUUAGAUCGCUACAAGAUUGAUUUCCGGAACAUAAAUCUUUACUCACUCGAUACGACCAACCGGAAAGGGUACCGGUUUGCUGGAUUGCCACGCGCGGAAGAGUUUUAUUCGUGCAAGGAAAAUGCCAUCCCGAUCAUUCACGAUACGAUCUUUAGUUUGGAGAUUUGCCGCGAGCACACCAGUGAGCAGAUGUGCACGGAAGAGGAAAGUGACGGGUUUCGGAUAGUUGGCUGUGUGGUAAAGCCACUCCGGCUAUCGCUGAAACGACAGCAGUACGAACAAUUGCUAGAGACAAUCGAUAAUCUGUUCAAGAUACCUAAAGAUCUUGUUCGCCCACCGAGCGAAGUACCAACGACACUGGAAAAGGUAACGGAAAUAGCGGAGGAAUCGCUUGCUUUUCACACGUUUCCAAUGCCAUCAAAGGCCCGGCAAGGAUUGUUCUACCAGUCGAGUCUGGAUCAACGGACAUCGGCGGCCGGUGUAUCCGCUGCAAUCGCGAUCCGCGUACACUUUGAACUGCCCGCAUUUAUUAUCCAACUAAAUGGGAACCGUAGCGAAGCGUUGGUGCAGAUAUCGUUCCGCGACUUUUGCGUUGACUUUGACAAGCGCAACCAGUACGAAACGCACGUAAAAAUUUCCCUACGUUCACUCUUGAUGGAAGAUUUGCUGCAGUCCGAUACGGCGAAAAAUCGCUACAUGGUAGUAACGUCCGCCGAACGGGAUUUGAACGAACGACACAACGCGUCGUCGUUCGCUUCCCAUUCGUGCCCGAAUCCCGUCGGGUUGCUGCUCGGUAUGGGUGAUGGAUUACCAAAUUCUUUGCCAACGAAUCUGGAAGAUAGGAUGGGAUUUUCUUUCCUCGCCACAAACAAAUCACUUUGUCCCGAUACACCUCCACCGUCGCCGUCGGUACAUAGACCGCACGCGGGGUCACGCCUGAAGCCGGAGGAAAAUCUAGUCAUCUAUAGCUCGGUGUUGGUAGAUCCAGCCUGUCCGACGUUUGUCACUCAGUUCGGUUCCCUGCAACAGUCGAGUUUGAUCGAUUUUAACAGCCUUGAUCUGAUCGUAUCUGUGGAAAGUUGGUUCGUGCUGUUGGAUUUUUUCGGCCUCUUGUCGGACGAUACAGACGGAUCGUCCAGCUCCGACAAGUCUCCACCACCGUCACAAUUCACCGAAGGACGAACGGAUGGUGCGCGCCGUAAGGAAAGUGCGGAAGGUGUGAGUGCGACCGUUCCCAAUGAAUCGUACGGAGUACAAACCGUUACCGGUCAGUCUAAGCUAGAGAUAUCGGUACGGUCGUUAAGUUUGGUGCUGGCAAAACCGGCUAGUGAAAUUGCAAAAGCUAACGUGUCCAAUGCGCAACUAACGAUAUCGAAACGUGGCCAAGCGAAACAGGUCGAGGGUAGCCUUGGUUCGAUAACGCUGAGUGAUCUGACACCGUACGGGACGCUGUACAGGGAAAAGUUUAUGACGACCGGUAGCGAGGCGCUCAGCUUUAUGUAUGUACGCGAUGCAGCUAAGGGGACGGUCAGAGGCCUGCAGAAAGAUGCACAGCUUACGAUUACGAUGUCGUCGGUACGCUAUAUUCACACGAAGCGGUUUAUCGCGGAAAUACAGCUGUUUUUCAAAGAAUUUUCACAUCUACAAACGCCUAUGAUGCGAAAGAUCAAACCAUCAGACGUACGUACGUACCACAAUCAGCGUCCGACACAGCUCGGUUUGUCGAUCAAUGCCGGAGCACCGAUCAUUCUGCUACCGAUGAGCUACAAUAGCGAUCAAGUAAUUGUGGCUGAUCUGGGUGAAUUUACCCUCACGAAUGAGUUCCGCCUGAGUGCCGGAGAUCGCGAAGUGCUAGACGUUAUGCACGUAAACCUGUUCCAUACGGACAUCUUUGCCGCACGCAUGGAAGCGGAACCGGAGGAACGUUUCGUCACGAUUCCCUCGAGCGCUAGUGUCGGGAUCGAUAUGAAGGGCUACCGGUUGGUGAAGAAGGGUCCAAGUUUGCUAAAGGAGAAGUGUCAUCUUAAGUUGGAGGUCGAAAGGAAUCUUGACUCGCUAAACAGUCAUUUCGUUCCGGAUAUAAGCGUCCACGGGAAGCUGUCCAAACUGGAUGCCUUGUUAGAUCUGCAGCAAUACCGUUUAAUACGGGGCUUUCUUUCGCACAAUCUCGGUGAACCGAUCGAUGAGCUGUACCUACGCGCCUUCUCCAUUCCCAACAGCACACUUAGCCUGAACGCGGCAGAUGCCCAAGAUAUGCAGGAAGAGGUGUGGAAGAAUCUUUCAAUCAAUCUCGAACUGCUCGACGUGUCCGUGCGUUUGGUACAAACAAUAGACGACGAUUGUUACGGCACAAAACCCUUGGCCUGCGUCAACUUCAUCAAAUCGAAACUGCUGGUCGAUUGUUUUAGCGAUGGUGCGCAAGAUAUUGAUCUUGUUUCGCAGGAAAUUCAACUAAUUGAUACGAGAUUUCUGCCCGAGGAGUGUGAAUGUCCGGCAAAACCACGUCCCGGUCUGUCACGCACCGGCAGCGGCGAAGUAUUGAAUGUUUUCCCAAACAUCCUUCAACCGAUACGGGGCGAACCGGGCACGGAGCUAGUGCAGGCGGAAAUACACAGCCGCAGGCGUAAGGAUUUAACAAAAUUUACCAUCCUACUGAAUAAUAUGCGUUUGAUGGCGAUUUUGGACUGGUUGGAGAAUGCACGAGACUUUAUACUGCAGCAGGAAGAUCCACCACCGCCCUUGCCACUGUUGGUGGACGGUAUCGAGAGUGUUGGCGGAAUAAUGCAAUGGGGCACUGCUGAUCGAACGAUCGAUGCAGGACUGCGAAAUGCCGUUCAAAGGGUUCCGACACCCGUCGAAGACAAUCGUAUGGAGCUGAAGCUUAACAUAACUGACUCGGAACUUGUGUUUGUGGAGAAAACAGAUCAGUACGACACAAAUGCGGUCAUAUUGAAGAGCACAACAGUUGUCUCGUACCGUCCGUUCGAGGUGAACAAAACAUUAUCGAUCAAUCUGAAUAACUUGGAAGUGUUCUCCUGUAUAUUGGGUGCCGAAGAACGUACCGCACUGUCCAUCAUCGAUCCAGUUACAAUCAAUAUGGAUGUAAAGAAGGGUGUUUUGGAGAUUCAAAUGCAGAAACAACUGUGCAUCCGCUUGUCCUAUCACGAUGUACGCAUGUUUCGCCAAAUGUUGGAAUCGUUACCGAAUCAGACGAAAAACGCGCGCGAUCACAAGCAACAGCAACAGCAACAACUGCUAGAACGUCGAACAAGUGAUGGAAGCGGCUGGAAAGGUGGAAGUAUGGAAUCUGCUGCCGGUACGAUUACCGUAAAUUCCAAAGCAGUUGAAAAGUUAGUGCAUCUAGGCUUCCGGCGAGACGAUUGUUUAGUAGCGUUGGAACGCUGCAGCUAUCAGCUCGAUGAAGCAGCACUUUGGUUAACACAGAAUAAGGAACCAAGGAGACACGACGAACGGGGGCUCAUGCACAGCAACAGCGUUGGCAGUACGGACAGCGGUGCAGGUGUCGGAAAGGGUGGAACAUCCGGUACACUAAACAUUAGUGCUAUUGAGCUAAAGUCACCCUGCAUUUCGAUCUGCGUUAUAGACGAUUGCCGUGAUGCGGAUGUACCGUUGGUGGAACUUUCGCUCAGCAAACUCGACCUUCGGCAGGAACUUGGACAAUUGCACGGAGCUCAUGCAGUGAGCGUACCGGAUCCACCAACAUCCGAACCGAAUGUGCCGGUCGGUGUGGAUGCUCUUGCGGUUACAUUUUCCGGUUACAAUGCCGGCCGUAUGGCGGGUGUAUUUGCGGUGGACUAUUACAACCGUGUGCUAAGCGGCUGGGAACCGAUGAUCGAAUCGUGGAAGCUAGAAGCGAAAUGGGGCUACAGUUUAGCGAUCGACACGGAAGCACCAGUCGGGCUGGGUGGAGGUAAUCGGUUAAAUAUGCGCGUGGAAAGUAACGACACGCUCCGGUUAAACAUCACCAGCACGCUAAUCGAACUGUUCGCACUGGUGAAGGAUAAUUGGAUGCAGGAUUAUUACGUAGAAUCGGAUGGUGCGAGUGGGAAAACGAACGGCACAAACACAACGACCACCGUUGCCAGCUAUCGACAGCGGGCACCAUUUAUUCCGUUCGCGAUUAAGAACGAUACCGGUGUACGGUUAUGGUACACGACGCUAAUUUCGUCCGAGCUGACAUCGUCUACGCGCGGUCGCGGUGGUAUCGUUGGUUCGUUACCGAACGUUCCACUCGAGGCUAACUGGACGCUGGUGGAACCGGGCGGUGUAGCAACGUUUUCGUACGGCACCCGCAAUAAAGCCCGCCAUCGGGACAGUCACAAGAUGAACCUGCAUCAGAUAGCUGUGCGGGUGGAAGGUUGGCAGGAGGUGGGCCCUGUAUCGGUCGAUCGCGUUGGGACGUACUUCCGACAUGCGCGACCCGAUCUGUGCAAUGCCGCCGUAACGGAUUAUUCACAAACACCACGCGCACGAAUAGUGUUCGGCGUUACGAUGGAAGGAUCGGCUCAGAAGCUGAUCAGCGUUCGAUCGGCGCUGAAGCUAAUCAACAAGCUGGAUCUGCCGGUGCUGGUCAAAAUGGAACAUCUGUUCGGUCAUCUUAACAUACGCAACUGGCCCGAAACGAAGACGGCUAUACUGCAUUCAAACGAGCUGCUUCACGUACCGUUAACACACGUACACGCCGUACUGUACUUUCGGCCCUUGCUCGGAGCGGCUCUCGAGGACGCAAUGAACUCGUUAACACCGUCGGCACCUUCACCGGUGCCGGGUUCCCAAGCGAGCAGCUCAAGCGACGGUUGGACGUUGUUGCAGCGCUUUGACAUUCCGAAAUCGUUGGCGCACGGUGGUUUCCAGUUUACCGAUCGUGGCAUCCAGUGGGGUGAUGCGAUCGAGCCGGGUGAAAUUUAUCAGGAGCUUCGAAGCUGUCGUGGUCCGCGGGAUAAAACGUGCAAAAUGCUGCUGGCAAUACGGAAGGAACCGUACCCGAGCAAGGAUGCGAUUCAUCUGCCAGGGCACGUUAUUACGAUCUUUCCACCGAUGCGCAUUCACAAUCUAUUGCCGUGUGAUUUACUGUACCGCUUACCGUCCGGUAGUCAGGGACGCAUUUCUUCAUCGGAAACGGCCCGCAUAACGGAGGUGGACAUAGAGCAACCGAUCGCAUUCUCGCUAACGCUUGACAGUUACCCGAACGCCGGGCACAUUACGAUCCCUGCCGGUACGUACGGUUCCACAACGCUCGAUGUGCGUCUGUUCGAUAUGGGCAACCGGAUGUUGAAGCUGUCCGCUACGAUCGUUGUCGUAAGGGGGCGUGGUGUACAGAUAUCGAUCGGUGCACCCUACUGGUUGGUAAACCGUACCGGACUUCCGCUAGUGUUCCGUCAGGAUGAUCUCGACACCGAGUGUUCGGGACAGUUUUGUGAAAAUGAAGAAGCGCGCAUGAUCACCCCGUUCAUGUUUGCGUUCAGUGAUCCGGGUUGUUCGGGUAGCGUGACGAUGCGUUUGGGGCGUCGUUUCGGUGGCAGCCCGAACUGGUGCCAACCGUUUAAGCUCGAGCAGGGCACCCAACAUCGGCAGCUGCGUGGCCCAUCGGAAACGUUCAUCAUCGGCAUUGAGGUACGGCGUGCGAGAGGAAAAUACGGGCAAACCUCGAUCGUAACCUUUUCACCACGCUAUCAGCUGUACAAUCGUAGCAGCUACACACUGCAGGUGUUGCAGAAGUGUCUCGUCGAAAGUACGACCGUGUACGAUCCGGCAAUGGGUCGUUCGUCCUCGUCCGCGGCGUACAUUGAAGCCGUACCGGGCUGUCACAUUCCGUUCCAUUGGCCCCGGUUAGAGCGGGAGCACGAGCUGUGCGUACGACUGCCGGAAGUGGCCGAAUGUCAGUGGUCCGGUGGCGUACCCAUUACCAGCACCGGGCUCAGUCUGUACAUAAACAUUCGCAACACGAACGGCGCGAUGCAUUUUCUGCGCCUGGAAACGAUACUGCACGGUGCGACGUAUUUUAUGAUCUUUAGCGAUGCGCAAGCAUUACCACCACCGAUCCGGUUGGACAAUUAUUCGCACGUACCGAUUACGUUCUCGCAGGCGGAUAUGAAAGCUACCUUUAAGACGGUCGUACGACCACAGUGUUCGAUCGCGUACGUACUAGACGAACCGACCGGUGCGCCCUACCUGCAGCUGGAAGCACCCGGCGGUGAUUAUUCCAACUGCCGGCUGGAUGGAUUCGAACCGUUCCGGCUCAUGUACGAAAACUUCAUUUACAUCGCGUUCAGCCAAACGUUCGAAACGGGGCUCGACGAGGAUGGUCGUUUUGAGGUGCGUUCGCAGCAACUCGUGCUCGGUGUGAUGGAUGGGCGGGUCGUACUGGUGCGCAAACAGGCCGGCGAUCGAUCCCAACUAUGGCGCAUGAACAAUGAAAAGCAGCUCGAACACGAAGGUACCUCACCGCCGAGCGAACCGGGCCGUAAGCAGUCGCGGUACGUGCUCGAUCUGGAGAAACCACCCCAACCGAUGCAGUACAUUGCGCUGGUCGUACGACCAGCCAAUCGGCAGCGACGUUCGACCCAAACCUGGCACUUCACCGAAGACGGUCGGCUAAUGUGCGAACAUUCGAACAUGUGCGUACAGGCACGCGGUGGCUUUUUCGGGCUACGGGCCGGUUCGGAAGCGGUGCUCGGGAUGUGUGUGUCCGACACGAAAGUUCUCACCCAGUGUGGUGUACCGUACGAGCAGGCGAUUGAGCGGCAAAAGUUACGGCCCGGGUCGGGCUGUUUGUCCGUUUCGUACCGUAUGGAUGGUCCGAUCAAAUCGAUUCAAAUACGCGACGUAAAGGCGGGUGGACGCGGUGAGCUAACGCUCGAUUCAAGCUGGAAGCAUGUAUCGCACAUCUUCAACAGCGGCCGCAGUGCAUCGUCCGAUGCGGGCACCCAGCCGGGCGGGAAGGACAUACAGGAGUAUCACGUACAGCUAAAGCUCCGCAAGGGAAUUGGUUUAUCGCUUAUUUCGAACCAACCGUGCGAAGAGUUGGCGUACGUAACGCUCGAAAACAUACACAUGGAGUGUAUCCGUACGCCGGCGGUAAAUUCGCUCGACUUCUCCGUCGGUGAUAUGCAGAUCGACAAUCAGCUGUUCGAAACGUCCUGUCCCAUUAUGCUGUACACGAUCGGUGCAUCGCACGAGUAUCAGACGUCCGGCACAAGUUCCUCGUUGCAGCUGAACGUGAAGCAGCUACCUUCCCCCAACACGAACGCGGUCAUUUUCGAACAUUUCAUCGUCAGCAUACGGCCGGUGGUGGUUUACCUGGAGGAGCGUCUGUUUCUGCGAUUGGUGAAAUUUUUCGGUUUCGCCAAAACGACCGUCGAUCCAACGACGCUACCAGACGAAACGGACUACGAAGCGCAGAAGAUCGUUUACAAGGUGCUGGACAGUAACGUGAAGCGUUACUACUUUGGCGAUCUGCGCAUCAUACCGGCCCAGAUACGGUUAAGCUUUGUCACCGCGAGCAAGCUGACGGCCGAGUUUGCCGAGAUCAAGCGCAACCUUGGCUUUACCUUCAUCAAGUUCGAGGAUGCGGUCAUUAAUUUCGAACAGUUCGCGCACAAAUAUCAUUUCGAAACGAUGGACGCGUACCUGAGCGCAAUCAAGGCGCACUACAAGCAGGAGCUAAAAUGGCAGGCCGCCUCCAUACUCGGCAGUGUGGACUUUCUCGGCAAUCCGCUCGGUUUUGCCAACGAUCUGUCGGAGGGCUUUUCCGGCCUGUUGCUGGAAGGUUCCAUUUCGUCGCUGGUGAAAAACGUCACGCACGGUAUCUCCAACUCGACCGCUAAGCUGACGGAAACGAUCUCCGAUGGGCUCGGGAAGGUUGUGUUCGACGAUGAGCAUGUGGAAACGCGCCAACGCAUACUGGACGUGUCCGGUGGCAGCGGUAGUGGUACGACCGGCGAUCAUCUCGUGGCCGGGUUCCGUGGUUUCACCUUCGGUUUGCUGGGUGGUGUGACGAGCAUUGUGAAGCACACGUACCAAGGGACAGCGUCGGAUGGUUUGUCCGGGUUUAUAACCGGGCUCGGCAAGGGUUUGGUCGGUACGGUAACGAAGCCCGUUAUCGGUGUGCUGGAUCUAGCGUCCGAAACGGCGAACGCGGUACGGGAACAGAGCAAGGGUUCGAACCGUAUCCUGCCGGAACGGAAACGUCCACCUCGCACAGUGACCGGUGCACCCGGUGGACUGUUACCACCGUACUCGUACCUGCAAAGCACCGGCCAGCAGUACCUGUUUCUGAUCAACAAGCGUAACUUUGCCGAACAGUUUAUGGCGUACGAACCGUGCCUGCUCGAUACGAAGGACUCGAAGAUGCGGCUACUAGUGUCGGCAGAAAAUGUGUGGGGCUUUUCGAAGAACGACGAAACGACGAUGAUCGUGUUUAACUAUCCGAUGAGCGAGAUUAUCUCGUGCCAACCGCUAACGGUACAACCGCAGGACCAACAGGCCACGGUCGCCUCCCAAGGAUCGGGCCGUUCGAGUGGUGGCAGCCGAAAACCCGUAACGUACAUCGAGUUCUGUCUAUCGCUGCCAUCGAAAUCAUCGCUCACGCCCAGCGCACCGGAAAUGGUGAAAAGGCCGCGUGUUCGCUGCCAGAAUGAGGAGAUUGCGAAAAAGAUUUGCUACCAUGUAAAUUUUGCAAAGUGUAUCUACGACGAACGCGAACAAACACUGAACAUCAAUACUGUGAUCGAAUAGUGGCGCAUUCAGGAAUGCACGUUGCCGCUGUUUUUCUUUCAGAUCCAAAGCAAUCCAUAAUCAAAAAAAAUCUACAAAACAAAAACCGUUUCCAUUGUGCUGUCCUUUGUUUGUUGUGGAACUUCAAGUGGAACUUCUGUGUUAUGGAAAUUUAAUCUAACUUUUAUGUUGAAAUUUAAGUUUCAUUGCUAAUUUAGGAAAAAGGUUUUUUUCUUGUUGGUUUGUUUGUUAUUGCUAGGAAAGGUUAAACUUCCCACCACUGGGAACGAGGGAUGCGUUUUUUAUACCAUUGAAUCGAAUGAACAGCGUGAUUGAAUUCCUUAUACGUAGUACUAAUAGGUUCGUCUCUUUUGUGUUUUUUUUUUAAUUUUAAUUGAACCUAACUUUAACGUCUAACGUCGCAUUCCCGGCUUAAUUUUUUACACCUGGAAUCGAACGUCGGGAAAAUUACAAGAAAAUAAAUUAUUUUCGUUAAUGAAAAAAAGGGAAUAAUUAUUCUUCUAUAGUUGAGAAAGAAGUGUGAAGCACAUGUUUAGGAAUUUAAAUAAAUAUACUUUGGUUCCCAAUUGUAACAAAUAUCUGUUGUUGAUUCUUUUUCUAUCACCUGGUGGUACAAAAUUGGGACAAAAAAUCGAUAAAACUCGAUCACGUCGGAAU